ACUUCUACAAGACAAACUAAAUAAGGAAAGUAUCAAUUCUCAUGAGAACCCUAGAAACUACGGCAAAUUUGUCACUCCAGAAUCUUCCACCGCAUCUUAAUCCCCUCUUACCAACUCACCAUCAAAGUUGCACAAAAAGAGUUUGAAGAUUUCUCAAGAACUUUCGUUUCUUUCCUUUAAAACCUAUCAGAACCCUUUUUUCUCUCAAAAUCACACGAACAAGUAACUUAAAUCAUCGCUUAAAGAAAUAAAAAUCAAAGCUUUAAUUUUUACAUUCUUCCACAAAAAGAAAUGAUGUGGCAACCAGCAAACAGAAAAAACGAUGUGGAAGCAGGAUCACAACUUUAUCCGGUGAUGCUUGAAGAUUCACAACGUAGAUGGGGUUUCAUAAGGAAAGUUUAUUCAAUUAUUGCAAUACAGCUUCUUGCUACAAUUAUUGUGGGCGCUGUUGUUGUAUCUUAUCAUCCAAUUGCCCAUUUCUUUACUUCUAGUGGUGGUGGUCUUGCUUGCUAUAUCAUCCUUAUUAUCACCCCUUUUAUCGUGCUAUGUCCACUAUAUUACUAUCAUCAAAGUCAUCCGGUAAACUAUGUGCUGCUUUCGAUAUUCACACUCUCGCUUGCGUUUGCUGUUGGGUUGACAUGUGCAUUUACUAGCGGGAAAGUCAUAUUGGAGUCUGUGAUUUUGACGUCUGCAGUGGUUGUAAGUCUCACUCUCUACACAUUUUGGGCGGCGAACAAAGGCCAUGACUUCAAUUUCCUUGGACCUUUCUUGUUCGGGUCCUUGAUUGUCUUGAUGAUCUUUGCGUUGGUUCAGAUUUUUUUCCCGUUGGGCAAAAUUGGUGUUAUGAUCUACGGUUGUAUAGCAUCCAUCAUCUUUUGUGGCUACAUCGUUUACGACACCGACAAUCUCAUCAAGCGACACACAUACGAUGAGUACAUCUGGGCUGCAGUGUCAUUAUACCUUGAUAUAAUAAACCUGUUCCUUUCUCUGUUAACAGUUUUCAGAGCUGCUGACAGUUAGGUAAUUGAACUUUGAUCAGUUACAAUCGUCUUCCAAACCAUGAGAAUGUAACGAAUUUAUAAGUAGAUAGUUCAUUUUGUUUCUGCAUAUCAUUUUCUUGGAGUUAUAAAAAUGUACAAGAAUUUUUUUUCAAUUUUCCAAAUUUAUUCCUGUUUGAAUUUUAUGCUGGGUUGUAUGAGAUGUAUUAUUUCUAUUGCAAAUAAUUGUGAAGUGGGCUUGUCUUUA